AUGCAGCGGUGCGAGCGUCUGUGUCGCGCUCAGGGCUUCCCCAGCUUCCUGUCGACCAUCUACGCCGACCUGGUCCCUGUCUCGGCCUCGACGCCCAUCAGCCAGUCGUUUGCGCAGCAGCAGCAGCAGCAGCAGCAGCAGCAGCAGGAGAAGAGCGCAAAGGACCAGGCCGACCAGCUGGCCAUCUUUUCCCUCGAGGUCUCCCUGGCAGAGACGCUCAUCGGCUGGGGCGUGCAGCCCGUGUGCGUGGCCGGCCACAGCCUGGGCCACUACGCGGCCUGCUACCUGGCCGGCGUCCUGUCGCUGUCCGACGCCCUCUUUCUCGUGGCGCGGCGGGCGUCGCUGUUUGCGCAGCUGUGCAUGCCCCAGACGUCGCAGAUGAUGGCCAUCGCAGGCUGCACCGAGGACGAGGUGGAGGACCACAUUGCCCAGGCGCGGUCGGCCGCCACGAUUGCCUGCUACAAUGGCCCUACCGACCAUGUCCUGUCGGGCUCGCGCGACGACCUGGGGCAGCUGCACAGGCACGUGCGCGCCAAGGGCAUCAAGGCCAAGCUGCUCGAGGUGCCCUUUGGCUUCCACUCGGCCCACAUUGCCCCCGUCGUCGACAGCCUGCUGCGGGCGGCACAGUGCGUCACCGUCUCGCCGCCCAAGCUGGCCAUCACGUCCAGUGUGCUCGGCAGACUGGUGCUGCCCGGCGAGGAGGGCAUUGCAGACUGGAUCGAGGUGGGCCCCAAUCCAAUCUGCUCCCCAAUGCUCCGGGCCAAUCCGACGGCAAGUGAGAUGACGAAGCUGGCGACGCUCAAGCGUGGCGCCGACAGCUGGUCGGGCCUCAUCUCGCUCCUGGGCACCCUCUGGACGUCGGGCUGCCCCGUCGGCUGGAAGGCGUGCCUGCUCAGCUCUGGCCAGGCCUACCAGGGCUGCAACGGCCUCAGUCUCUCGUCGAACCCGGCGACUCGCUCGGGCUCGGGUACGCUCACGCGCCGCUCCUCGACGUUUGAAUCGCUCUUUGGGGGCCAGCACAGCAGCGCCUCGAGCUCGCACUCGCACGACAUGUUUGACCGCGACAGGCAGGACAGGCAGGACAGGCAGGACAGCACGGAGGAGUCAGCGGCGCGCACCUCCUUCUCGACGCCCCUCGCCCACUUUGCUGCCAUGGUCCGCGGCCACCGCGUCGUGGGCCUGCCCGUCUUCUCUGCGUCGCUCCACGGCGAACUGGCGCUCGAGGCCAGCUGCGCGGUGCGAAAGCUGCCGUGCCAGGCCGCCGCCAGCGCCCGCCGGCGCGCAGUGCGCCUCUCCAACCUCGUCUUCCGUGCGCCCCUGGUGCUGGCCGACAAUGACGACACGGGGGGCCAGGCACGCGUCUGUAUCCAGCUCGACAGGGACGGCCAGCGCUUUGGCGUGUCGGAGCAUGUCAACGACAGCGUCCGACUGCUCAUGACGGGCGACGUGCACAUCGACGAGGGCAGCGACGGCAGCGACAUGGACAACGACAGCGAUGCGCAGCACGCGCUACGUCGUCUGGGCGAGAUGCAGCGCGAGCGACGCAACGACGAGGCCGGCUACUCGACGCUGGCCUCGGCGAUGGCGUACGGCCUCUUUGCCAAGCGCGUCGACUACUGCGCCGACUUUCGUGCCCUGCAGUCCAUCACCCUGGCGCCGCCGCCGCCGCCGCCGCCGCCGCCGUCUGGGGACAGUAGGUCCGCAGAGGCGUUUGGCACGGUGCGCAUCCCGCUCACUGCUGCCAGCCCGCUCGGCGAACGGGUGCGGGGCACCGUGCUGCACCCCGUCGUGCACGACGUCAUGCUCCACUCGGGCGGCUUCGUGGCCAACGAAUCGGCCCACCUCGUGGGUGCCAGCGAAUCAUUCAUCGGCUCGCGCGUCGAAGAAGUAAGCUUCAGCGACGCGGCCGCCAUCAGGCCAGACACGACAUACCGCAUCCACAUCCGCGUGGCUGCCCACGGCCCACGCGAGGUUGUUGCCCAGACGCACCUCUUUGACGAGGAUGGUCAGCGCGUCCUCGCCUGGGCCCGCGGCGUGCACUUCCGCAAGGUGCCGACGGACAAGCUCCGCGAGUCGCUGGCCGGGGCU